UUGUUUUGAUUAAAAUAUAACCUUGUUUCUCAUUAUUUAUUUAGUAUUCUUAUCAAUCUUCAAUAAUUUUAAAACAGUGCUUUAGUCGAAACCACAGCUUUUAUGCUUAUGUAACUCGUAACAAAUUACGAGCCAAAUAUUAGAGUACAAGUAAUAUGUCAAGUAUAUAAUAAUAUUUUUUUUAUUAUUUUGUUUGCAUCCUAUAAUAAACCAUGUCUGGAAACAUAAUUCGUCAAAUUAGGAAAUUGUCACAAGCUCCAUCUCGUAGAAGAGUAGUUGUCAGCGGACUGGGUGUCGUGUCUCCUCUUGGUACCGGUACCGAGUUGGUGUGGCAGAAUAUAUUAAAAGGCCAAUGUGGAAUCGUAGCGUUAAAAGGUGAUGGAUACUCUAAAUUACCGUGUCGAAUAGCUGGAAUUAUACCACCAGACGACAAAGUAAUGAAGGCUUUAUCAAAAAGCAAUCUGAAAUCAAUGGCUCCUGCAACAUGCCUUGCUCUUGUGGCAACUGAAGAAGCUUUAUCUGAUGCCAAAUGGUUUCCAGAAAAUAAUGUCGACAAAGAAGCAACUGGAGUUGCUAUUGGUAUGGGAAUGAUAGACCUAAAAGAUGUUUGCGAUACUAAUGAAGCACUGAAAGUGGGAUACAAUAAAGUCAGCCCCUUCUUUGUUCCGAGGAUUCUUCCUAACAUGGCAGCUGGACACAUUAGUAUCAAAUAUGGUCUGAGAGGACCAAACCAUGCAGUCUCCACAGCCUGUGCCACAGGAGCUCACUCAAUAGGUGAUGCCUUCAGAUUCAUAAGAAAUGGAGAUGCAGACGUCAUGGUGUGUGGUGGUGCAGAAGCCUGCAUCAGUCCCCUUGCCAUUGCAGGAUUCAGUAGACUAAGAGCAUUAAGCACUUCAUUUAAUGAAACACCAGAAAAGGCUUCCAGACCAUUUGACAAAAAGAGGGAAGGAUUUGUCAUGGGUGAGGGAGCAGCCAUUUUAGUGUUAGAAGAAUAUGAACAUGCAGUAGCAAGAAAUGCGAAAAUGUAUGCUGAAAUAUUAGGAUAUGGUUUGUCUGGAGAUGCCUCUCAUAUUACUACUCCAAAAGAUGAUGGGAGUGGGGCAGUGUUGUCCAUGAGCCGGGCACUCAGGGAUGCUGGUAUAGAUCAAAACAAUGUCACAUAUAUUAAUGCUCAUGCAACAUCCACACCUGUAGGAGAUGGAAUUGAAGCAACAGCCAUAAAGAACCUUUUUGGGAAACAUAGUGCUAAUAUAUCAGUGUCAUCCACAAAAGGGGCUCAUGGCCAUUUGUUAGGAGCAGCUGGUAACUUAGAGGCAAUUUUUACUGUGCUAGCCUGUCACCAUGGAGUAUUACCACCUACAAUAAACUUGGAAGAACCAGUUGAUGACUUAAAUUAUGUUGCAAAUGAACAGAGAUUGUGGAAUGCAGAACACAGAGUAGCUUUGAAGAAUUCUUUCGGGUUUGGAGGAACUAAUGCUACAUUAUGCAUAGGAAAACUUUAAAGGUGUUGCAUUAUAGCCACAACUAGUAGUGUUAGUAUAAUCAUAAUAAGAUACCAUUGGUUUCUAUUUAGUUUAGGGGUACUUGUACAUAUUGUUUAUUUUUUUCAAUAAAAAAUGUUAUCACUGUA